AUGCUGUCCCCGUGUUCACCAAAACCUAAAGCGCAACCGUCCAUUUCGAAGCUCGACACGACUUCCUGCUCUGGCUCCGAGACCUAUUCCAGUGCCGGCGGCGGCUCUAAGAAGGACUGCGCCUCAGAGGAAGAGAUGGAGGUCCUCCUCAGGGCCUCACAGUUCAAGGAAGGUGUUAAGGGUAUCGAGAGCCAUGACUACUUCUGGGACCAUCCUACGAUACACGACGGGUCUAUACCGGUGGGACCGAGUGGCCCCUUGGAUCCUCGAAAGCCCUCCUCAUAUAGCCCAUUCAUAGCUCAGUGGGUCAAAUGGAUUCUAACUAUCGUCGAGGGGGCCGUGAUAGGAAUAUGUCGUGGCGUCAUUCUAAUUGGUUCGCAUUGGUUACUCGUUGGCAAAACUGAUGCUAUGAUCCACUGGCUCAAGUCUGAUAACCCUGGUUGCGCUAUGCUCAUCUGGAUAGCCAUCGGCGUACCACUCAUCUGCUUCAUCGGCUGGGGUGUCUCCUACAUGUCCCCUCUUGCGGGUGGUAGCGGCAUCCCAGAUGUGAAGGCUUAUCUCAAUGGCGUCAUGGUGCCCAAGCUGAUGAGGUUCUGGGGGAUAGUCUGGCGUAUCCUUGGUCAGAUAGUAGUGGUCGGCACUGGACACUAUGCAGGUAGUGAGGGCCCUAUGGCUCAUCUUGGUGCGAUCGUUGGUGCUGCGGUAGCACAAAUGCAUGCAAGGAACAAAUUCUAUUUGAAAGCGCUAUUGCCGUUCUCAACACAGAAAGUUAAAGAUGAGUUCGUGUCGAUGGGCGCCGGCAUGGGUGUAGCGACAGCCUUCGAGGCUCCUAUUGGAGGUAUGUUGUUUACAAUAGAAGAAGCAUCAACAUACUGGCCACGCGAGCUGUACUGGAGAUGUUUCUUGGGCUGCAUCAUCGCUAGUUAUAUGACUCGGUUGACAGCGCAGUACUUUCAAUGUAAAGUGGAGGGUUCAUGUGUCAACCUUGCUGGUGGUAUGCAGUUCCCUAAUGCAGAUGAGAGUUACUUCCACGUUUGGGAGUUUGCUUGCUUCAUCCUUCUGGGUAUAUUCUUUGGCCUCAUGGGUGCUACCUUUUGCCAGGGCGUGCGCUACUUCCAAUACUACAGACGCGUAUUCUUUCAUCUUUAUUCCAACGGUAAGGAUCGUCGAAGAUUUGGGCAAGUGGUCGAAGCUGGUUUGGUCAUGAUCAUCACUAUUCUAUUGGCUUAUGGUGUAUCCUGGUCGGAGAUGGGCGCGUGCAAACCACUGGAUGGUCAGAGUUACAUACCGAACGACGGCAUUCAGGCGGCUAUGUGUGAUGAAGGAGUCGAUAUGGGCUACUAUAACCCCUUUGCAGCUAUGCUCCUCACUGAUAGGGACACCUCAGUGAAGUGGCUAUUCUCACCUCGACUAGGCGAAGCGGAGUUCCCACAGGGACAGUUGGCGGCUGCUGGCUUCAUCAUAUUCUUCCUCACUCUACUAACAUAUGGUGUUGCCAUCCCUGCUGGUUUGUUUGUCCCCAACAUCAUGUUGGGUGCCUGCUUUGGUCGACUCUUCGGUCUGUGGGUCGGCGACUGGGCCUCCAACCCUGGUGUGUACGCUGUUAUGGGCGCUGCUGGUAUGAUGGCUGGCUUUACUCGUAUGACCAUCAGUCUUACAGUCAUCGUCAUCGAGCUGGUUGGAGACUUACGACUGCUUCCUGCAGUGAUGGUUACUGUAGUUGUGUCGAAGCAAGUGGCUGAUAUGUUCAACAAGGGAGCGUACGAUAUAGUAUCUGAGCUCCGUGGGUACCCUUAUAUCGAGGAGCUCAGUAUUUACGAUGAACGUAAUAUGGCUGGUCGUGAUGUAACCUAUCGGAUGUCAGCGGCGCCCUUGUCUGGUUUUGGCGAAGUUGAGAGUCUGGGCAGAAUCCAGGAGGUGCUCUCGAGCUGCACUCACAAUGCUUUCACUAUUCAGGAUCACAGUCACAGGCUUCUAGGUGUGGUGAUGCGGUCCAACAUCGUUGAUUGGGUAAAGGGACAGGGUGGUGUCGUCUCGGCUAAUACUCGACUGAACUUGCUCGAUCUCACGAACCGCACCCCGACAAUAGUGUCAGAGCUAACACCAUUGGCUCAAGCCUAUACCAUAUUCCGUAAUUUGGCUCUGCGACAUAUGAUUGUGGUGGAUAAGGACGACGCUAAUCGUGUGGUUGGUAUAGUUACUCGGAAGGAUAUCGUUGAAAGCAUGGAGGAUGCAGCUGAGGAUUAUAAUAGAUCCAAAGAUGGUGAUGAUACCAUGUCUCAACGUUCCUCAACGGCAGCAGCCUCUUGUUCCCUUGAUGGUGCCUUGUGA